CCCUCCCCUCGGCCGCGCGCUCCACCUGCGCAGGCGCAAGCCCGCAAGAUGGCGGCGGCUGGAUCAGGCCAUCUGAGGCGGGCGGCGUCGGCCCUGCUGCUCCGCACCCCGCGCCUGCCCGCCCGGGAGCUCUCAGCUCCCGCUCGGCUCUAUCACAAGAAGGUUGUUGAUCAUUAUGAAAAUCCCCGAAACGUGGGGUCCCUUGACAAGACAUCUAAAAAUGUUGGGACUGGAUUGGUGGGGGCUCCAGCGUGUGGUGAUGUCAUGAAAUUACAGAUUCAGGUGGAUGAAAAGGGGAAGAUCGUGGACGCCAGGUUUAAAACAUUUGGCUGUGGCUCUGCCAUCGCCUCCAGCUCGUUGGCCACCGAAUGGGUAAAGGGGAAGACGGUGGAGGAAGCCUUGACCAUCAAAAACACGGACAUCGCCAAGGAGCUGUGCCUCCCGCCUGUGAAACUGCACUGCUCCAUGCUGGCUGAAGAUGCCAUCAAGGCCGCCCUGGCUGAUUACAAACUGAAACAAGAACCCAAAACAGGAGAGGCCGAGAAGAAGUGAGUCCCUGGUGAUGGAUGCCUCAAAGGGCCCACAGGCUGCCAGCAUUCCCAGCCACGCAGUCACAUGGGUGUUCAGAAGCCCUCGCACUACAAUAAAAGCGCUCUGAGAUCGCACAACCUUUGCUGCUCACGUUGCGAGUCUAACUCAAGCAAAAUACACAGCCUAGUUGUUCUGAACCCUGGGGUUUCCUGCAGCUCACUUUCAUCGCCUUAACCUCGUGUGUGUCUAUACCUCGCGUGUGUCUAUUUCGAUUUGUGUGUAUGACCCCAAAACUGAAAUCAGUAGCGAAGUCUCAGGUUUGGGUAGUCGUGAAGUGCACAAUAUCUAAUUCUACCUGAAUCUUUUGGGGGAAGAUUACCAGUAGAAAGCCUUGGUAAGAUUAUUUGGUAGGACCAAAUAACGUACAAGUAUUGUACAUAAAACAGAUUUUGCAUCUAUAUAAUAAAUAAAGGAAUGUUGUAAGACAGUG